AUGAUACCUAUCAAUAUAUAUCCCGAAGAAAUUCAAUUAUUAAAAGAAAAAGAAUUUUAUACUGAUUUAAAACAUCUAACUAGUUUAUAUAUAAAUGCAGAUUUUAAAAAGCUCUAUUAUAAUGUAUUUUCGAAAAUACAUCCAAAAAAUACAUUAUAUCAAUUUUCUCCCCAAAUAAAUCCCCAACGUCUUAAUUAUGACCAUUUUAAUGAAUUAGGUCAUACUAUACAAACUCCAUCUGGAUAUUCAUUUAAUUUUAAAUAUAAUGUAUCAUUGCAAAAAACCAAACUAUCCCCUCACCUCCAUAACAAUAUUGAUAUACAUUUAUAUAAAAUUUAUUCAAAAUCUAAGAAAUUAAUCAUAAACAACGAAGAUGACGUGGGUAACUUUCCAACAUUUAUUCAUUUCUUCCACUAUUUAAUCAUAAUAUAA